CAUACAUACAUACAUGGAUUAGUAACCGCAACAUGAUUAAGAAAGAGACAAUAAAUAGCUGCCGCCCGUUGAUAGCUUUAUAAGCACCUCUUCACCUUCUUCCUCUCCUCACUUUCUCUCCUCUCUUUCUUCUUAACCUUUCUCUCUGCAAAGAAAAGCAGAAACCAAGAAUGUGCGACUCACACUUCCUCUCUCGCUGUUCAUCAUACGAGGCAGACUUUGAUUCUGACUCAGACAUCUCUACCUCAAGCUCAUGCUCCUCGUACAGUGAAUCUGAGGAAGAGAUCAACAAUGUCUUCAGUUAUGAGCUAUCAACAAAGAAGUUGGAGAAUAAGAAGAAGAAGAAGAGCAAUGUGUUGCUUGAAGGGUACGUUCUUGAUGCGGUGGUGAAUGAUGAUCUGAAGAGGACCAAGAGUUUAACAGACGACGAUCUAGAGGAGCUUAAAGGUUGUGUAGAUCUUGGUUUCGGGUUCAACUACGAGGAGAUUCCUGAGCUUUGUAAUACUUUACCUGCUCUUGAGCUUUGUUACUCGAUGAGUCAGAAGUUCAUGGAUCAAGAUCAUCACCAUACUUCUUCGCCUGAGAAGAUUGAAUCACCCGUUAGCUCGCUAGCUAGCUGGAAGAUCUCUAGUCCUGGCGACAAUCCUGAUGAUGUCAAAGCGAGGUUGAGAUUCUGGGCACAAGCUGUGGCAUGCACCGUGAGACUAUGCACUUGAGAAGAAGAAGUACAACAAACAAAACUUGCAGGAGUGAUGUCUCUUUACAAGCUGUUCUGUUUCAGAAUUUGAGACUGACCUGCUUGAACCACCCACUUGUUGUAUGUACAAACCGAUGUAUAAAAUGAUUUUGCUAGAGAAAUUUCUUGUAAUGCAUUCUUAUAAGAGCAAAAUAAAAUAAAAUUUUAUUCUUUUGAUGAA